AUGAUACACACCUCACACCUCGAACCCGAUUGUCGAUCCACCGGAUUGAUCCAUUCGAGAUCACCCCCGGCUGUGCGGGUCUUCGGAUGUUCUGACCAGUGGGACGGCGACAAAGCCUUCCGCGCGGUCCCCUGCUUGGGGACUGCAGCUCGCCCAGGUUUUUGGAGGGCAAUCAAGAUACCACCUGUGACAUCAGUGAGCACCUCGCUGCUCACACCUUGGACCCCCUCCACGGCGCGCUGCGGCCGCGAGGCGAGGAUGACUGAGGCUGAGUCCAAACGACUUGGGCACGGCGGUGGCCAGGAUGCCGAUCAGCGCUGA